AUGCCUCCACCAUUCAUGCCACCACCACUAACAGCAGAUGCCGAUCCUGGUCCACCUACUAGGGGACCUGAUGGAUACUCUUGGAAGGACUUGGUGUUCGAGACGAUCGACCCUGUAGUACCUAGUUUGGCAGUGAAUCUACCCGUACCUCUCGAUAGAGCUGGUCUAGUAGUAGGAGUACGAGGCAAUACUGUUAGGAGUCUAGAAUCCCAAUGUGGGGUUGAGAUAAGUGUUGCUGUUCGUGAUGAUGAUCCUCUGAGAGAUCCAUCAACUAAUACCACCCAUGUUCAUGUUAGAGGGCCAAAGUAUGGUGUAUAUGAAGCUAUGCAGAGGAUUGGGGACCUAUUCCGAUACCGUCAUCCUCUACCAGAGAUGCAAGGAGGAUGCCUUCCUCCUCCUACUCCACUACCCCCUCCUCCAGCUAACGUCCCUUCAGAGCUGCUACCACCUCCCUUACCACAAUCGAUGAUGAAUCACCAUAGUGCAUAUGAGGCCAACCCAGAAUCCUUGUCCAAUGUGGAUAAGCCUAACUUG